AUGGCGAACUUGAGGAUUGCGGUGACCAUGAAACCAUUAUUGCUUGCUGGUUGCUCAUCCUCGUCCCCACUCAUCCCCGGUAUCUUCCUCAUUUCCAUGUGGUAUGAAAAAUACACGCCCACCUAUUCUUCCGAACAAGUCGACCCUGGAGUCAACGCGGCGAUCGCAAACAUUGUGGGAAACGCUCAAUUGGGAGUGCGCGUGGGAUACUUUGGCAUCUGCAUAAACGGCGAUGGCGGUUCAUGGAUCUGCUCAAACAACGCAACCGCCCUUGCAGAUGGAGUUUCCAUCGACCAGGAUCCGCUCAACCUGAUCUGGGUCGCCAGCACCUUCAAGGACGCCGUCGUGUUCCCCUACCUGAUCAUCGUCGCCAUCAUCCUCGCCUUCGUUACCUUCAUUCUCCUCGCCACCUUUCCCGGUUGGCACGAGGAGCGUGACGCGGCAACCGGUUCCGACGUCGACGUCAAGCCGUUCCCAUCAAGACCCGUCUCUCAAGUAGCACUUGCGCUGAUCUUCAUCGCCAGCAUCUUUAUCUUGGUCAGUGUGCUUUGGCAACACACCGCUUCGGUUGCAGCAGCAGCAGUGGCACAGGACCUGGGCAAUGGCUCAGUGAAAUCGGGAAUAGGGACCAGUGCCAUGGUGUUGGGCUGGUUCGGAUUUGUCCUUUUUAUCAUCGUCACGAUAGGAUUGUUGGUUAUGAUCCUCAGCAUCAUUGUCUUGGACCGUCUGACAGAUAACGAUUAA